AUGGUACAGUAUGCGCCUGUCCGGAAAUGCCUGUCGGACCCAAAACUGGACAAUGCAGCUCCGACCAUUGUGCCCAACCCCCAUGCCAAUUGCAUUCACCAUGUGCAUGCUGCUGUCUUGUUAAUCCUGUUCCAAUUAUGCGCAUGCAUGGAAAAUAUUAAUUACAACGAGAUGUCUUCAGGCAGCUCUCCCACAAAUAUUACAACAGUGGCUGCUGGCGAGGAAUGCGGCUGCGUGCGUGUGGGCAAAUGCAAAUGGUUCAAUGUUGCCAAGGGCUGGGGCUUUCUAACGCCCAACGAUGGCGGCCAGGAGGUGUUUGUGCAUCAGAGUGUCAUACAAAUGUCGGGCUUUCGCUCCCUGGGCGAGCAGGAGGAGGUGGAGUUCGAGUGUCAGCGCACAGCGCGCGGCCUGGAGGCAACACGCGUUUCCGGCAAACAAGGUGAAAAUUGUCACGGCAGCACCUAUCGACCACGCAUCAAUCGCAAGAGUCGCCGCAUGCGCUGCUACAACUGCGGCGAAUUCGCCAAUCAUAUUGCCUCGGAGUGCGCGCUGGGGCCGCAGCCCAAGCGCUGCCAUCGCUGCCGCGGCGAGGACCAUUUACAUGCCGAUUGUCCGAAUCGCAAUGCGACACAAACCAGCAGCAGCCGCAGCAAAAGUCUCGCCAGCGACGGCGGCAACACAGGCGACGGGGCUUCAACAGCAGCACCCUAG